AUAAAUAAAUACCUCUUUGAGGAAGACGCGGUCGCCGCUGCAGCGGAGCUCAGUGCCGCCCGCUCUUGUUCCUGACUCACCGCUGUUCGCUCACGCCGAGGAACAAGUCGGUCAGGAAGCCGCGCCGCAGCCAUGGCCUUUAAAGACACCGGCAAGACUCCCGUGGAGCCAGAGGUGGCCAUUCACCGGAUUAGGAUCACCCUCACCAGCCGCAACGUGAAGUCUCUGGAGAAGGUGUGUGCUGACUUGAUCAGAGGCGCGAAGGAAAAGAAUCUCAAAGUGAAAGGACCAGUUCGGAUGCCUACCAAGACUCUGAGAAUAACUACAAGGAAAACUCCUUGUGGUGAAGGUUCUAAGACUUGGGAUCGAUUCCAAAUGAGGAUCCACAAGCGACUCAUUGACCUGCACAGCCCCUCUGAAAUUGUCAAGCAGAUCACUUCCAUCAGUAUUGAGCCAGGAGUCGAGGUGGAAGUCACCAUUGCCGAUGCCUAAAUCAAUCUUUUUAAUAAAUUGAUAAUCAGUUGUAAAAAUUAAAAUAAAUAAAUAAAUAAACAAAAAACCUCUUAAAUAAAGGGUAGAACUGUAAACACUUCAUCGUCUAGUAUAAUCACUAAAUCAGCGGCGUCAGCAUCACCUGGGAGACUGACAGACCCAAAGAGUAUCAGGUCCCACACCAGACCUACUGAUAUUAGAAUCUGCAUUUUAACAGGAUCUCCACGUGAUUCACAUGUACUAAAAUUUGAGACGCACUGAAGUCAAACAAAUAAGGGAUGGCAAGGCACCCAAAGACUAAUAAAAUUAAGAAAUCAUUAUCACCCUUAGGACUGAAGGAAAACAAAGGGAGGAAAUUGUGACACUGGAACUGGUGAAUCUAUUAAAAAAAAACAACAUUGAAUUGUUUACUUUAAAUGAGUAAAUUGUAUGAUAUGUGCAUGUACAGAUGUGAGAGUUGGACCAUAAAAAAGCCUGAGUGUUGUGGUGCUGGAGAGGACUCUUGAGAGUCCCUUAGACAGCAAGGAGACCAAAUCAGUCAAUCCCAAAGGAAAUCAACCUUGAAUAUUCAUUGGAAGGACUGAUGCCAAAGCUGAAGCUCCAAUACUCUGGCCACCUGAUGGGAAGAACUGACUCAUUGGAAAAGACCCUGAUGCUGAGAAAGAUUGAAGGCGGGAGGAGAAGGGGACAACAGAAGAUGAGAUGGUUGGAUGGCAUCACUGACUCAAUGGACAUGAGUUUGAGCAAACUCUGGGAGAUGGUGGAAGACAGAAGAGCCCGGCGUGCUGCAGUCUAUGUGGCCACAAAGAGUCAGACAUGACUUAGCGACUGAACAACAAUAAGAUGGCAUGUGAAUUGUAUUUUGAUAAAACUGUUGGGGAAAAAAACAAAAAAUACAUGAAAAACCUAUAUUCUGAAAUAAAAAUAUUAAAAAAAGCAA